AUGAUUCAACCCCAGAAUUUCGCCCUCUCUCCUUCCCAAACAAUUCUUUCUUUCUUUGCUUUGCUUGUUUGUUUGUUUUCUUUCUUUCUUUCAUUUUUUCUUUCUUUCUUUCUUUCUUUCUUUCUUUCUUUCUUAAUCUUUCUUAUUUCAUUACUUUCUUCCUUUUUUUCUUUCUGUUUUCUUUCUUCUAUUCUUUCUUUCUUUUCUUUGCUUGUUUUUUUUUUUGUUUUUUCUUUUUUUCUUUCUUUCAUUUUUUCUUUCUUUCUUUCUUUUCUUUCUCUUUCUUUCUUUCUUUUUCUUUCUUUCUUCGGAUCCACUGUCUUUCUUUCUUAUUUCAUUUUUUUUUUUUUUUUCUUUCUUUCUUUUCUUUCUUUUUUGUUUUCUUUCUUUCUUUCUUUCUUUUGUUUCUUUCUUUUUUUCUUUCUUUCUUUUUUCUUUCUUUUUCUAUUGUCUUUCUUUUCUUUUUCAUUACUUUCUUCCUUUUUUCUUUCUUUCUUUCUUUCUUUUCUUUGGAUUGUUUGUUUGUUUUCCAAGUUUUUUUUUUUCUUUCUUUCUUUCUUUCUUUUCUUUCUUUCUUUUUUUCUUUUUCAUUACUUUCUUCCUUUUUUUCUUUCUUCACAUAUUCUUUCUUUCUUUUCUUUGCUUGUUUGUUUGUUUUCUUUCUUUCUUUCAUUUUCUUUCUUUCUUUCUUUCUUUCUUUUUUCUUUCUACUCCACUGUCUUUCUUUCUUAUUUCUUACUUUCUUCCUUUUUUUCUUUCUUCACAUAUUCUUUCUUUCUUUUCUUUGCUUGUUUGUUUGUUUUCUUUCUUUCUUUCAUUUUUCUUUCUUUCUUUCUUUCUUUCUUUCUUUCUUUCUUUCUUUCUUUCUACGGAUCCACUGUCUUUCUUUCUUAUUUCAUUACUUUCUUCCUUUUUUUCUUUCUUCACAUAUUCUUUCUUUCUUUUCUUUGCUUGUUUGUUUGUUUUCUUUCUUUCUUUCAUUUUUUCUUUCUUUCUUUCUUUCUUUCUUUCUUUCUUUCUUUCUUUCUACGGAUCCACUGUCUUUCUUUCUUAUUUCAUUACUUUCUUCCUUUUUUCUUUCUUUUUCUUUUUUUUCUUUUUUUUCUUUUUCUUUCUUUCUUUCUUUUGCUUGAAGAUUGUUUUUCUUUCUUUCUUUUUUUCUUUUUCUUUUUUUCUUUCUUUUUUUUCUUUCUUUUUUUUCUUUCUUUCAUUUCUUUCUUUCUUUCUUGUUUGGAUUUCUUUCACUUUCUUUCUUUCUUUCUUUUCUUUCUUUACUUUCUUCCUUUUUUUUUUUUCCUUUUUUUUUUUCUUCACAUUUUCUUUCUUUCUUUUCUUUUGCUUGUUUGUUUGUUUUUUUUUUCUUUCUUUCUUUCUUUUUUUCUUUCUUUCUUUCUUUCUUUCUUUCUUUUUCUUUCUACGGAUCUUCUUUCUUUCUUCUUUUUUUUCUUCUUUUUUUUUUUCUUUUCUUCACAUAUUCUUUCUUUCUUUUCUUUUGCUUUUUGUUUGUUUUCUUUCUUUCUUUUUUCUUUCUUUCUUUCUUUCUUUCUUUCUUUCUUUCUUUCCACUUUUCUUUCUUAUUUCAUUACUUUCUUUCUUUUUCUUUCUUCACAUAUUCUUUCUUUUUCUUUUUCUUUGCUUGUUUUGUUUUUUUCUUUCUUUUUUCAUUUUUCUUUCUUUUUUUUCUUUUCUUUCUUUCUUUCUUUCUUUCUUUCCUUUUUUUUCUUAUUUCAUUUACUUUCUUCCUUUUUUUUCUUUUGUUUUUUUCUUCACAUUUUUUUCUUUCUUUUUUUUCUUUCCUUGUUUGUUUUCUUUCUUUUUCUUUUCUUUUUUUCUUUCUUUCUUUCUUUCUUUUUUCUUUUUUUUCUUUUUCAUUACUUUCUUUUCACUUUCUUUUUUUCUUUGUUUUUUUUUGUUUUUCUUUCUUUCUUUCAUUUUUUCUUUCUUUCUUUUUUUCUUUUCUUUUUCUUUCUUUCUUUCUGGAUCCUUCUUUCUUUCUUUUUCAUUACUUUCUUCCUUUUUUUUUUCUUCACAUAUUCUUUCUUUUUUUUCUUUGUUUUGUUUGUUUUCUUUUCUUUUUCUUUUUUCUUUCUUUCUUUUUUUCUUUCUUUUUUCUUUCUUUCGGAUCCACUGUCUUUCUUUCUUUUUCAUUUUUUCUUCCUUUUUUUUUUUCUGUUUUUUCUUCCAUUUUCUUUCUUUCUUUUCUUUGCUUGUUUGUUUGUUUUGUUUUCUUUCUUUCUUUCUUUCCUUUCUUUAUUUCUUUCUUUCUUUGUAUUUUCGCUCGAUCUGUCUUUCUUCAUUCCAGACAUUUAUUCUUCUCCUUUUUUUUUUCUUCUUUACUUUCAAAAGAACAAAAAUAAAUUUGUUUGUUUUAUUCUUAAUUCGUUUCUUUCUUGUUAUUUUUCUUUUUGUCUUGUUCUAUUUUCUUCCUUUUUUAAUCAUUUUACCUUUUGCAACGAUAGACCAGGAAAAUCUUUCUUUUCUUUUUUUUCAAAGAACAUUU